AUAGGAGGGCGUGCUUACUCUGUGACUGGGGUAAAGUGGUUUGUGUCGGAUCCUGUCUUUUAGCACACAGCGUUAGCCUAGCAUAACCCCGCCGCGGCUGUGUCCCAAUCGCAGUUAGAAGUGGGCGUGUCCUGAUCGCGUCUCCGACCAAUAGCGGAGGAAUAAUGGGAGGGCAGCGCUGAAAGUGGCCGAGGUCUCCCCUCUUUCUCUCUCUCUCUCUCUCUCUCCCUCUCUCUCUCUCCCUCUCUCCUCCUCCUCCUCCUCCUCUCCGAAGGUAGGCUGCAGCGUGUGUUUAUUGAUGAGAUGAAAGAAGAUGGAAGUGAGACAUGAAACAAAGUAAGGGAAAAUACUAAAUGUAAAAAAAAGGAAAAGGAAGAAAAGUCCAACCUUGUCCGGAUAAGGAAGACAAUUAAAACCGGAGAAAGCUGUGAAACGCUGUCGCCAGCGGAGAAAAAGAAAAGUGACAGAUCUGGAUCGGCUGAUGAGAGCGCACUCAGAGGAGCAUCAGAUGUGAUCUUCGCAGCCGAGGGACGCUGGAGAGGAAGUGUGUUCUCCAUCCGAGAGUGAGAGGGCGAUCGUGUGAAGGCUCGUUUCAUGCCCGGGAGAGAUGAAGUGAGCGCCGUGUGUUUCACCAGCACCAGCAACCUGUAGCAUCGUGACCCUGUGCCUCUCACCACACACACACACACACACACACACACACACAUAUACACACACACACACACACACACACACACACGGACGGACGGACGGACGGACGGACGGAUAACUACGAAAGAGCGCCAGCCGACUGUUGCCGCCAUCAGCCGCAAAGGGGAUGACUGAGCGCGUCCACAACAUCAACCUACACAACUUCAGCAGCUCGGUACUGGAGACCCUGAACGAGCAGCGCAACCGCGGGCACUUCUGCGACGUGACGGUGCGCAUCCACGGCAGCAUGCUGCGCGCCCACCGCUGCGUGCUCGCCGCCGCCAGCCCCUUCUUCCAGGACAAGCUGCUGCUGGGCUACAGCGACAUCGAGGUGCCGGCGGUGGUCUCGGUGCAGUCGGUGCAGAAGCUCAUCGACUUCAUGUACAGCGGCGCGCUGCGCGUGGCCCACUCGGAGGCGCUGCAGAUCCUCACGGCCGCCAGCAUCCUGCAGAUCAAGACGGUCAUCGACGAGUGCACGCGCAUCGUCUCGCACGCCUCGGCCCAGGAGACGCCACGCGGCACGCCCGACUCGGGAACCUCGGGCCCCGGGAGCGACGCGGAGCAAAGCCUGGAGCGCGCCUACUCGUCCGUCUACCCGGGACUGGAGCUGCAGAACGGCACGCGAAGCGAACGCCAGCACUACACCAGCGUUUCCAUCCCCGGCGGCUUCGACCCCCUGCAGCAGAAAGAAGGCGUGCAGGACCCGUCGCUGUGGGUGAGCCGACUGCACGAGCGCCAGCAGCAGUCGGAGCGCUUCCUGGGAUCGUCCGAGACCACGCACUGCCGCAAGCAGCCGCGCCCGGUACGCCUGCACACGGCCGAGCACGACGUGCGCAUCAAACAAGAGAGGACGACCGAAGAGACGUACGGCUGCUACGGAUUAGACGUGGACGACGCCAACGGAGAGCCCAAAGGCGAGAGCUUCGAUUCGGGCGUCAGCUCCUCCGUCGGUACCGAGAACGACCCGUCCGAGCAGCACUUCAUGCCCGGGUUCGGGCGCGAGUGCGAGGCCGAGGUCGGCACGCCGGUGCACAUCGACGUCACCGAUUCGUCCCCGGAGCAGAGCCAGGAGAUGGGAGAGGACAACAACAGCGGGGACGGAAGAGACAUCGUAAUGGACCAGCCGUCUCUGUCCAACACCGUCGUGCCCAGUUCCGUGGCGGGGGGGCAGCUUUACAUCCGCCCGUGCGACACCAUCGCGGCGAACCUGCGCAUGCCGCUGACGAUAGCCAGCGGCACCAACUCGUACCUGCCCACGCUGUUCGCCCCGCAGCCCUCAGCCAACGAGAACAAGCCGUUCCUCUUCAGCCUGCCGCAGACCGUCAGCGCCCAGCAGCCCCAGUUCGUGGCCGUGCCUCCCCACAGCAUGACGCCUUUCCCCAGCGGCCUGAGCGGAGUGCCAACCGCCGGCACGCAGCAGCAGCAGCCGACCGCCACCGGAGUGGUGCAGCAGGGCGAGAAGAAACCGUACGCCUGCACCCUGUGCUGCAAAACCUUCACUGCCAAACAGAACUACGUCAAACACAUGUUCGUGCACACCGGUGAGAAGCCGCACCAGUGCAGCAUCUGCUGGCGCUCGUUCUCCCUGAAGGAUUACCUGAUCAAGCACAUGGUGACCCACACGGGCGUGCGCGCCUACCAGUGCAGCAUCUGCAACAAGCGCUUCACGCAGAAGAGCUCGCUCAACGUGCACAUGCGCCUGCACCGCGGCGAGAAGUCCUACGAGUGCUACAUCUGCAAGAAGAAGUUCUCCCACAAGACCCUGCUGGAGAGGCACAUGGCGCUGCACAGCACCGCGCCCGGGGUCACCGGGGUCGUCACCGGGGUCACCGGGGUCGUCACCGGGGUGACCGGGGUCGUCACCGGGGUCUCCGGCGCCAACCCGGCAGGCCCCACUUCCAUCCCGGUGCAGAUGGCCGUCCCCGAACCCGGCCCGGGAGUCGUGGCUCUGGCCAUGCCGGUGGGAGGAGGCGGAGCCGGGGGAGGAGUCAGCGGAACCGGAGUGGGCGUGGCCUCCGAGGCGAGCUGCCAGGAAGCGACGACCUACAUGUGCUCUGUGUGCCCGGUCAAGUUCGACCAAAUCGAGCACUUCAACGACCACAUGCGUAAGCACGUCUCCGACGGAUAAGUACGGAAAAUAUAUAUAUAUAUAUAUAUAUCUAUAUCUAUAUAUAUAUCGACAAAAAGUUUUCAAAAAAAAAAACUUUUUAAACAAAAAAGAAUGAAAAGAAAAAUAAUGGCACUAGAUUUUUGUUUCGUUUUGUUUUGUUUUGUUUGUUUGUUUUCCCUAAAAUUGGGGGCAUGAAGAGUAAUGAGUAUAGACACUGGCACAUUGAGUUGAGUUUUCCCAGAAAACAAAAAGUUCUUCUCUUUUUUUUUUUCUUUCUUUCUUUUCUUCUUUUUUUUUUUUUUAAAUUUUGUCGUUUUUUGUCGUUAUUCUUAAAGAAUUAAAAAAACCAUAGAUGGUGGCCUUAAGGCUGUGUAGUUGGCGAAUGAUCCACUGGCUGGAUCCAAACUACUGGCCUCUAAAUGUAUGAUUUCCUUACUGAUUUAUGUGUUGAACACUACCGAAAGGCCUGCGAAAGAUACACACACACACGCACACACCACACACACACGCACACGCACACACACGCACACACACGCGUGCUUAUAUAUAUAUAUAUAUAUAUAUAUAUAUAUAUAUAUAUAUAUAUAUAUAUAUAUAUAUACACACAGACUACUUAUACACUUACAUACCGUAGAGUGAGUUGUAUCGUAUGUGUGCGUAUGUGGAGUGUGUGUGUGUGUGUGUGUGUGUGUGUGUGUGUGUGUGUGUGUGUGUGCAAAACCGUGAAAUUUUUAACCGUUUUUCCCAUGUAGACCGUACUGGAUGCUGACGGCGUCCUGAUUACUGUGGUAAACCUUUUUAAAAAAAAAAAAACAACAACAACAUCGGAUCGGUCGGAAAAGCGAAGACGGUCACGCGUUUGCCUUUUAUCACGUCGGAUCAGAACCGGACACUGGGUUUUAUUUAUUAAACGGAUUAAACGAUGUGCUGCGGAGGUCGAUUCGGGUCAUCGUAAGGAAAAGAACGUUAAACUCCCUUUAUGAUGUUUUUCUUUUACAUUUUAUAUCGUAUCCGUAUCCUCCCCCCCCUCCCCGCCCCCGCCCACACACACACACACACACACGCACGCACACACACACACUCCUCCCCUGUCGUCCCCGACCUCUUUUCCACUUCCCCCGUCAUUCCCUUCAGACGGCUCGAGUGGAGUUUACAGAACGAGGGUUCGGGUCGUGUUUGGUUCGUCAGUAUUUGAGCUUUGAGAAUCCAUUUUUGCGAACACUGCCACUGAAAUAAAUAAAUACAUAAAUAAAUAAAUAAAUAAACAAAGACUGUUAUUUGACCGCUUCCUAAACAAGAAAAAAAAUAAAUAAAAGAAGCCCAGGAACAACGGAGGGUUCUUUUUAUUUUAUUUUAAUGAAAACAUUUUAGACUUUCUCAUCGCUCCAUGAUUGAAAUAAAUGUUUUGGUUUUUUUUAAAAAAAAAACAACAACAAAUCCGGUACGUAAACGUAAACAUAAACGCCAGCCCCGGCGUCAGCGGCUGCUCCACACACUCCCGCGUUCAGACUGUUACACCCCGACGCGGCACGCUGAAGCUUCUCUCACUGUUCUCACUACUCCACCAGCUGCUGACGCCGAGCCGGUGAGCGACCCGGACACAAAUAACCCAAAGUCCCGAAAUACAGCAGGAAAUGUAAAAAAAGGAAAAAGGACUUUCAAAAGGAAAAAAAAAAAAGGAAAAGACGAAGCUGCUUCCUGUUAGUGACGUCCGCCGUGACUCAGCUGUUUGGCCGGGUGGGGCGACUGAAGUGCACUACUCCUGAUCCCUAAGCCCCAUCUAGUGGCUCAAACGGCCCGGCGUGAGAUCCCUUCUUUUUUUUUUUUUCUUCUUCUUCUUUUUUUUUUUUUUGGCCAACAGGAAGCACAAACCGUGUGAGAAGGAAAAAGAGAGAGAAAGCGAGCGAGGACUAGCCGGAAAAACACGCCCCCUUCACUAUCUAGUGCACUUACUCUAUCGAGAGCCAUUUUAUAUAAAACUUUCUUUUUUUGACUCGUGAAAUCCCACAAUGCACUGCAGAAGAAUAGUUUACCCAGAAUACAUCAUGCUUUGUAGGGAACUUUUUAAAUAAAUAAAUAGAUGAAUAAGCCCGAUCUCCUCCCCCCCCCCCCCUCUUUUCGUUUGUUUGGGGGUUUUUUCGUUUGUUUCUAGGAUCUGUUCCUGACUGGAGUGCACUACUUCUGAUCCCUAAGCCCUAUCUAGUGGCUCAAACGGACCUCGGCUCACAAGACAGGAAGAGAAAGUUAGAGACAGACUGAAAGAGAGAGAGGGACAGAGAGAGAGAGAGGGAGGGAGGGAGGGAGGGAGGGGGGCGUGUUCGAAACCACAUCUUAAAGAAAAACAAAACCGAGCCCAGAUUAUCAACACAAUGAAAUUCACAUUCAUUCCUGACGUGAAGUGCACUACUUUUGAUCCCUAAGCCCUAUGUAGUAGCCCACUGAAUGAGAAAAGAAGUAGGAAGUGUAAGAGAGAGAGAGAGAUGUCCGAGACCACGCUUUAUCUCCUCUCUCGUGCGCUAUUUUAAGAGUCAUGGAAAAUUUCGUACUCGUAAAUUCCCACAAUGCACCGCUGUGGGUCGGUAAAAAUAAAAAACCCAUCAAAAUCCAUUCCUGACUGAAGUGCACUACUUCUGAUCCCUAAACCCUAUCUAGUGUCCCUAAAGAGAGAGAGAGAGAGAGAGAGAGAGAGAGGGGCGUGUCAGAAACCACACCCUGUGUAUCUAUUUUAAGAGUCAUGGAAAAUUUCGUACUUGUAAAUUCCCACAAUAGUGUCAGACCUGGCUGGAGCCCGUUACCCACAAUGCACCGCGCUAUUUUAUUUGCAAAACAAAGCCCAGAUUAUCACAGAAUGAAGUGCACUACUCUAGUACUCUUGAUCCCUGAGCCCUAUCUAGUGGGGGGAGAAAGCACCGAGAGAGAAAAUGGGACGUGUCCCAAACCGACACCCUCUCCCAUCUCCCGUCUCAUGCACUAUUUUUCAGGAGUCGUAAAAUUCCCACAAUGCACCGCAGCAGGUUAGUGUCGAGCCUAGCUGGUAUUGAGUACCCAUCCCUGAUAUUUGUGAAGACUGAACCGGGGGGGGUUAAAACGAUAUAGGGGCGUGUCCCAAAUCACACUCUACGUGCACUAUUUUAGGAUCUCUUUAUCUAAACUAAAAUCUAGCGGUCCAAAAAAAGAGCGUAAGGAGACAGAGAGAGAAAGAGACACGUCCCCGUUCACUAAAUAGUGCAUUAUUUCCCCACAAUGCAUUGCAGCAUCCAGGUUGCCAGUUUGAGUCACUAGAUCAGCGCCCCUGUAGGAAAUGAAAUAUUUGUGUGUGUGUGUGUGUGUGUAUAAACACAGCCCAGUGUGUGUGUGUGUGUGUGUGUGUGUGUGUGUGUGUGUGAGAGGAGGAGACGGAGGCCGUGGUUUCCGCCUCGCUCCUCGGCUUCAGUCCGCCGCUCGCUCUCUUCACGUCCACACGCUGUUCGUGACAACAACAAAAAGCAAUCGUAGUAAUAACGCAUUUCCAAAAAGAAAGAAAUAAUAAAGAAUAAUAACAUGUUCGAUUAUUGAAAAACAUCAACAACAACAACAACAACAGAGUGUUACUUUGCACACUUUUAAACGCCUGUGCUUCAUGAAAUUGUUUAAACUGAUUUGUAUUUUUUCCUGCGUGGUUGGUUUUAAAGGAAAAAUGAUUUUUUUUUUCUUUUUUGUUUGUUUGUUUUUGUUUAUUUUUUGAGAAAAAGGACUGCAUGGUUUUUUUCUCACGUCUACGUUUUGCACUGCAGAAACCCAUAAGUGCACUACUGUUACCACAGAUGUUCUAGUUUUUAGAGAGAGAGAGAGAGAAAGUGUUUUUUAUCUAAAAUGAGUUGAGAGAUUUGUGUUCGAGUCGCUUUGUUUCUGUCUCUUUUCACUCGUUUUCUUGCUUUUUUUACGAGAUGAUGAUGAUGAUGAUGAUGAUUAAGUGUUUCUGCUUUUGUUAUUUAGCGCUCGCUAGUAUUCACUUGUGCUGUGUUUGUUUUGGUGGCUGUGUGUGUUUUUGUUUUUGUUUUUUCUUCCUAUUUAAAUCUGAAGCACGGUGUGUGUUUGAGAGAGUGUGUAAGUGUGUAAGUGUGUGUGUGUGUGUGGUUUUGUUUUAAAAUCUCUCUGCAUCGCCCACCAGCAGUCUCGUACGCUGACACACACACACACACACACACACACACACACACACACAUGGUGAGGCGUUCAUACCAAACAACAUCCGAAAAACAAAACGUUUGUGUGUGCGUGUGUGUGUGUGUGUGUGUGUGUGUGUGUGAACCUAAAUCAUGUUGUAGAGGCGGUUGUGUUGUUGGUUGUGCAGCUUAUUAUUGUGUUGUGUAGAGAUGGUGUGUGUGUGUGUGUGUGUGAGAGAGACACCUGAACUGCAGGGCUUCCUUCGCAAUGUGCAGUGCAGGUACUGCAUUUGGUGUGUGUGUGUGUGUGUGUGUGUGUGUGUGUGUGUGUGUGUGUGUGUGUGUGUGGUAUCCGCCGGCACAGUUUCACAACUUCACAAGAACAAUCACAGCAAAUGAAAUAAAUAACACACACCCCCAGAGCGCGACGCAGCGUCAGGCCUCGGUCCACUCUGAUCACACACACGCACACACACACACGCACACACACACACACGCACACACACACACACGCACACACAGGAGAUGAUGCGUCCGGCCGUGAGAGGCGCUCAGGCAUGUGCCGAUGUUUUAUUCUAAUAUCGUCGUCAUACAGUAUUAAUGGGCUUGAAUGCACAGCUGUGUGUGUGUGUGUGUGUGUGUGUGUGUGUGUGGGAUGUGUGUGAGAUGGGUGUACAAUUCAGGAAGGUGGGACUGAUGUCACUUCCUGUUGCACUGAGAUUACAUCAGCCCCAGAGCUCAGUGUGCUUUAAUUAGACACGUGCAGCACGGAGGUGGUGGAGACGCACAAAAGCCCCCCAUCUUCACCCGUUUAUUCAGCUUGUUAGCUCCGCCCCCUUUUCAGAACCUCCCCGUUAUCAUCUGUGUGAUGCCGUGCGGCCGGGAACGCCGAUCCGCCGGAGGGGAAAGAACGUCGGGCGUGUAGUAGAUAGCUCUUCCGUUCACUCCCGCUCGCUCUGAUCCGACGUCCUCGGCUCCGUGAGCCAAUAGGAAUUAAGGAGGCGGGGCUAUCGCGUACGGGAGGUGAUCAUUUAAUACCGUCUCGACCCGAAGCUGCUAAAAAGAAUUGUGAUUUCUGCGACAGGAAAUAACUUCUGAGGAUAAAUGACUUCGCAGUUCUCUCUCGAACAGUUCCGCACAAAACCUACGGUCGCUCUUACACUGGAAUUUAUCCCGAUUUAUUUUAUUCCGUUCAAACAGGAAAAACAAAAAAAUGCCUGGAGAUCACAGCUGCGAUUCAAAAACGAGCCAAGCUGCGAUCAUAAUCACAUAAAGUACAGACAAUCAGCUGUUUUCCCUCUCAGAGAGUCAUCUGACUUUAAGCCAAAUAUUGAGCGAAGACUAAACGAAACAUUGAAAUAAAAUUUAAAAAGAGAAAUCAAAAGAUGAAGCAGAGAUUAAACUCGAAAUAAGCAAAGCUUUAGAUUUUAAAAAAACAAGCGAAGAUUAAACAUAAGAUUAAGGCAAAAAUGUCAUAAAAUUAAGCGGCGAUUACGCUAAAAUUUUAUCCCGGGUGUUAAUUUUUUAGAUUUAUUUACAGUCGUUUUUUUGCCCAUCUCCUAAACACACGGAUACAUCAUUUCUUACCUUUAAAUGCGUCAAUGUCAAAAAUACCCGUCAGGGGCGUAGUAAUUUGAGCAGAUGAGAAGUUCGUAACGCAGAAAACAGUAUUACGUUUAAAAAAAAUUUAAAAACCCCGUAACCUCGAAUCCAAUCCGUCACGAUGCACGAAUCCGAUCUUUUCACAGCGACAGCGCGCACCACGACGACGGCGUCGCCGGCCUGCCAGAGCUGAUCGUCUGCACAUGCCCGAGUCUCUCUCUGCGUUUCAGCGCUGAAGCCUCCUGCCCUUCACAUCCACGUGAAGAACGCUGGAGAAACAAACGACACCUUUAACUCUCCGCGAGUGAAUCAAACGAAUCAGAAUCGCGAUUCGCUCCAGGCUUCGCGGUUCAGUUUGUGAUUCACUCGAGGCCGGGGCCUCGCGAGAGCGCGCUCGUUGAUCGCGAGGACUAUUAGACGAGCUGCACAGCGUUUAAACAAACGGAUGAAUCAGUAAAACACCCUGACGAUAAAUGCAUUUUGUCGGCCAUCUUGUUUUUAUCGGCCAUCUUGUCUGUGCCCUUAAAACCAGCCUUAAUGACGUUUAACAACCAAAAUGCACUACAGAGUGUAAAGGUGCUUUCGCAAUACAGUGGUGCAAAACACCUGUUAUUCACUCUCACACUCUCACACACACACACACACACACACACUCUCACACACACGCUCUCAGAUCUUCGUGCUUUUCUCAGUACACUUCUAUAUAACCACGCCGUUUAGUUUUUAUCUAUAAUCGCCGUCUCAUGUUAUCGCCGUCUGUGUCGAGGUGUUACGAUUCAGCGUGACUCUUUACCUUCAUGUAUUUAAAAAAAAAAGAACUUAAAAAAAGAAAAAUAUACAUAAAUAAAUAUAUAUAUACAUACAUAUAUAUAUAUAUAUAAAUAUAUCUUUUCACAUGGUGUAAGUUUUUUUUCUUUUCCGGAUUCUACACACAUCUAUACAAGUCGGAAACGCCAAGAACGUCCGUCUUAGAUCAAACGUAGCGCGACCUUUUGCUUUGCGCUGCAGCUGCGAUGCCAACGUCGCUAACACGUAACGGAAGCUAUCGGAUUAUAGCAUGCUGUAAAUCCUCACACGCUCCCCCUCAGAACGCCUCAAAUCGUUUCUGUCCAAACACGAAUAUGCAAAUCUGAUGUCAUCGCUGUAGGCCACGCCCCCUACACCGGAGGUUUUACGUCAGCGCGUCCGGCCGAGAGCGUAAAGCAAAGGCUGAACGCUCGCAUGACGUAUUAGCGGCGUCAGCGUCGCAGCGGAACGGCGCACCGUUCGUCGUGAAACGGACGUUUUGGGGUUUGUUUGUUUUGUUUUGUUUUUUUUUCUCUUAAACACUUUUUUAUCAGAAAAAAAGAGAAGAUUUUCAGCGUGUAAUACAGUUUUUAUUUUUUGGUGUCAUGUGUUCGCUAUUCACAUUUAUUCACAUAGAUUUGUUGCUUGAUUUCGUUUCUGUAGGACACACACACACACACACACACACACAGUGCUCCAGUUUUCAUUCUCUUCAGUGUACAGUUACCGGAUCUAUCAGUUUCAGAUGACUUUUGAGGAUUUGAUCAUUUAUUUAUUUUCCAUUCUGCUAAUAGAGUACACUUGUGCGCGCGCGUGCGUGUGUGCGUGCGCGUGCGUGUGUGCGCGCGCGUGCGUGCGCGUGCGUGUGUGCGCGCGUGCGUGCGUGUGUCAGGUUUUGAUCUUUACGUUUUUGUAUUUUUCCUAGCUGGUAGUUAGUUUUCUUUCGGGCACAGAAACGAUAUUUAACUUCACACCGUCUUUAUCCGCUAAUAAUAUCUCAAACUUCUUUCUCCUUCUUUUCUUUCUUUCUUCUUUUUAUUUUAUUUUACUUUUUAUUUUUAUUUUUUUUACAGAAAAACAAGCUGGUAUGUUUCAUUUUUCAAACACUCAAAAUCCGAAAAUCCGACAACGUUAUUCAGAAACCACCGACGAGCAAGUGCAAGUGCUCUCAACAGUUUUAACCCAACACUCCGAUGUAAUUUAACCCCUUCAGACCCGCGUCAUGAAUAUUCACGACCCGUAUUAUUAUCCGUGUAAACACGUGUGUACAUAUUCAUAUCUAUAAAGCACGUUUUCAUGUAUUUUUAAAAAAAAAAAAAGAAAAGAAAGAAAGAAAGAAAAAAAGACAGCUCCUUUUCAUGCUUUUCAUGCUCUUCUCCUCAGCGCAGACAAAUAAAUAAAUAAAUGCUCGACUCUGAUUGGUUACCCGGUCCACACACCCCCACACCAACAACCAAUCAGGGUCUGAAGGGGUUAAAAGAGGCUACAACACUCAUCAAAAUACAAACCACACACACACACACACAAUGCUGUACACACAAUAAAAUAAGCAACAUUUUCUUUUUUUUCUUUUUUUAAAUUAUUUAUUUUUGGUCGAAAAACAAAAAAAAGAUGUUUGACAACAAAGUGCCUCUUUGUAUAGCUCCAAGCAUGAAACUCUACAACUCACUGUCACCCAUAACACCAUGUGCUAGAAUAAUAAUAAUAAUAAUCAUAAUAAUAAUAAUAAUAAUAAUAAUAACAACUGUACAGUAUUCAAUCACUAGCGAAACUUAAUCACUGCCUGAAACAAAUCCCAAGUGAAGUUUAAAGUAUUGACGACCAGCAAUAAUGAAAUGCAGAUCAAAUUUUGAGGAAGAAAAAUCAAUAAAAUCAGCAUUUUUAACAGAAUAAUAAUUUCCCCCCGUUUUGCCUUGUAUGAUGUAAGCACCGUGAGUAAGGGUGUGGUGACCUUUAACCCUGAAAUCACCAAAAUAACGCCGCUUUUGUAUUCAAUAUUUUUGUCCAAAGUGCCCCGGUUUACUGUUUAUAAUCUCACACACACACACACACACGUUUAUUUACUUGACGAGCCUUGUAUUUCUGCUUUACAACGUCAGCACUUAGAUUUUAAAGUUUAGUCUUGUAGAGGAAGUGUGUCGUGUUGCGUGUGUUGUGUGUGUGUGUGUGUGUGUGUGUGUGGAAUAUUGUGAGUAGAGAAGUGCCGAUAAUAAUUGUGACGUUUUAACGUGUGGAAUAUUACCGUCGGUGCGUUACGGUUUCGGUGUUUUGGCGGUCCGAUAGACGGAGAAUCGCGCGGUUUCACGGAUGAAAUGAAACGAGGAAACGUUUCUUUCAGGAUCUUCACGUGUCCUCUGCGUGUAUAAGAUCAAACCGCAGAGAUCUUUUUUCACGUACGUGUUCAAUACGUCGUGGAUUCUGGGCCGAGCGAGCGGUCGGUUCUGUGAAAGACGGCACAUUUCGUUUAUCCGCCUAAAAAAGAGAGAGAAGUACGUACGUUUUUUUUUGUUUUUUUUUCACGGCUGACGUUUUGUCCCCGAUUUUUUUCAGCCUUGGCCGAUUCCCGUCCACCAGCCAGCUCUCGAUAGCGACCACCCGGAGAGGUGAAGGCUAACACGUGCUUCCGAGGAGAUAUGUGACGUGACGUCAGUCAUCUUUACGUGACAGGGCGGAGUAAAGCGCUGACGUCCCUCUUCCGCACGCCCGCUCUCAGAGACGCACGCGGUCGGCGAGUCGACACGGGCGUCUGUGACGCGUCGUCGCAGGCAAACAAACAGACGAGGGUACUGUACUCGUCCGUCCGGGAUCUGGCGAUCGCAGAAAAGAACGCGAAAUCGAGGAAACGCCGCAGUAUUCGGAGGAGCGUGCAAUUCUUCAAAAUCACCGCAGAUUUUCCGCAGGUUCGGGCCGAGCCGCGUCACGUGACGUCAUGACGACGCGCGUUCGGCCCUCUCGGAUUCACGACUACAGCGAAAAGGUCUCGUCUCAUUUACCAACAAACGUCGCCGCGAAAGACGUUUUCGUGUAGUCGAGUAGUUUUCCACAAAAAAAAAACAAAAAACGCGUAAAUUAAAAAAAAAAAAUUAGACAAGCAUUUUUGGCCGCGACAAUCACCAAAAAAAAAACAACCCGCGAGACCCUGUACGGACCGAUAAAACGCUAACAGAUGGAAAUAUGUUUUUAAAAAAAAAACGCAUUCGAAGAAACGUGUCCGAUCGUAGACGUGAAACCGUGACGUCGCGACACGCCCACUGGGAAGAUACAGUUAUGGAGAGUCACGUGUCGAAGAGGAGUUAGAGAGAAAAUCCUUUCAUUAAUCGUCACGACGUCACCGUAGACGCGUGGAGGAUUUGAGUAACGUGACGUCAGUAACGCGGUGGCGGUAUGGAGGCGUGUCGUCACAUCACAUCGCAUCAGUGGGGUGUUUUUUUUGUUUGUUUGUUUUUUUCUUUUCACUUACAGCUGCUGAAUUCACAUCCAUCCAUCCACGUCAACAUCCGCAGUCCUGUAAACGAUACGACUCCAAAGAGGAAACACACACGCACGUGUACACACACGUUAUUUAUAACCACAAAUCUUUAUUCUACACUUUAUACAGUUAUGCAGAGAGAUUGAUGGACUUACAGAACAGAUAUUUAUGAAAAUUACAGAUACAGAUGCAGAUUAUUCUUCAUUUAUCAGAGCGGAUAAUAGUGCAGUAGGAGCUUGCAUAUGAAAUUAUCGCACACACACACACACACACACACACACACACACACCUAAUCCACUCGCCGAUACGCACACGACACACUCCUGCAUGCUGAUGCGAGCGUUUUUUCUUUCCCCCAAUUUAAUAAGAGGAUUUGGAUUGUUCCGGAACAGGCACGUGGAAGUCGAGGAAGGGAAGCGGAAAAACACGUCCCCGUUUAAAACGUAAAAAAUAUUCACGGAUAAAAAUCAUUCUCUCCGGAGGAAUGCCCCAGGCUGUAAUGAUUACGAUUGACUUUAUAUUUAUUUAUGACGUUGUGACAUUUUUUACCCUCCCGAUUUUCUCGACAGGGCGGGUCACGUGACCAUCCCAAAUUAUUAUUAUUAUUAUUAUUAUUAUUAUUAUUAGUUUGGAAAUGAUUAUUCCCAAACUCAUCACCUAAAUGUUUAACUAACACCUCGUUAAAACCGUCCAGAAGCCCAAACUGCCCCCGAACAUUUUGAUUAAUUCCUUUUUACAUUUUUAUUUUUUUUACACCAGGGAGACCAGUCUCAAAAAUGUUUGCAUCUCGUGAGCUCUUUAACUGUUUUAAAAAAAAAAAAAAAAAUUAUAAUAAUAAUUCCACAGAUUUUCUCAGUACAGAUUUAGAUUAUAAACAUAAUCCCAGCUAUUUAAAUAUAUUUUUAUUAUAAUAAUAAUAAUAAUAAUAACAAUAAUAAUAAUUGGCUUUAUUUUUCUUUAGCCCUGUAGGUCUUUUUUUUUUUUUUUUUUUUAAUAUUUCUACUUUUUUUUUUUUAAUUAUUAAAAUUGAGAUCAGAUUAAUAUUUCUUUUCAUUUCGUUUUUUAUUUAUUUUUAUUUUAAUACGGCUUGCUUGGACACAGCAUCCCCCCUGAACAACUUCACAAUUUAACGUAACAUCUUUUUAAUUUCAUAUUUAUAAAAUACAUCAUUUAUGUAUUUUUAUUUGUAUUUGAAUUCCCCCACUCUGUACGUCCCGUAAGCUGAUAAACGUUUUCGCAUCUAAUGAGCUCUUUAACUGUAAAAUAAUAAUAAUAAUAAUAAUAAUAAUAAUAAUAGUAAUCCAGCAGACCCUUUUAGUACAGGUUUAGGUUGUGAUAUUAGUUCUCCGCUCGGGAUUGUCUUUGGGAUCGGAUCGUCGUGGACGUUCCACGUGGUCGAGGAUGCGAUUGACGCGAGAUAAAAACAGGUUAAUAACUUUUAAGAACUCGAUACGUGGAGGGUUAGUGCUAGGUUAUUCCUGUUAUAUUAUUAUAUUAUUACGAGGCGCACUAAAUCACCUGCACGUCUUCUACGUGACGAUACGGCGACGGCGCUAGUGAGAGAUGGGCGUUACGUGCUUCGAGUUAUAUGGUAUACACGGUGUACCUGGUACAUAUCAUCCUGAAACGCACAAGGAGCACGCGCUUUAAACCAGCGCCCUGAGAACCGCGUCGUGAUCUGGAAGAUUUCCACCUGCCUGUUUCCUUCGGUCUCAACUCUUAAAGAUCAGCACGAGGGAGAAGUUCAGCUUCAGGAGGAAGAUCGUACCCGAGUGGCAGUGUGUGUGUGUGUGUGUGUGUGUGUGUGUGUGUGGCUGACAGAUGGCUGUCCAUGAGCUGAUAUGUGUGUGUGUGUGCGUGCGUGCGGAGGUGAAGCUUUUCUCUCCCGCCCCUCAGCCUCUCAGACGCGUUCCUCCUCCCACAAUCCCACUUCCUUCAGCGUUCGUUUUUUUACCCGAUGCGUAUUUAUUUAUCUAACCGACGAUACGAUUCCCAUUGAACCGCACGCCAUCUGCUAACCACCGCCCUGUCAUUAGCGAGAGAGAGAAAGAAAGCGGAUCUCGGAGCGCUCCGCGUCGGCGCAGGGUAAAAACUCUAAUAAGUUCUCUCCCUUACGUUUUUUUCUUUUUUUUUUUUCUUCCUUAAUUAUUUAUUUUUUUUGGUACAAUCUGACGUAUUUUUUAUCUCGUGAUAACUCUCAGCUGGUAUCACACGUCGGUCUGAUUCUCCUCACGGUUAUUACUGAACUUCAGGGGUGGAGCGACAUGACAAGAGUAUAUAUAUAUAUAUAUAUUAUCAGCCCUGCUUGGCGUGUCCCGAUAAUCAGCUGCACGGUAUUGAGAACACAUACAGUAUUGUUACCGGGGGUUCCGGACGCGCGUGCGGUAGAUACUUCUGCUCAGUAAUUUACAUAUUAAAAAGAAAUAAAUAACUUCUUCAACUUUUAAACUUAGACCUAACAGGAUACAAGCCAGACCACACGUUAAUUCUUCAUUUAUAUUCAGUCAGUAACCUACGAGUCGAUCGAAACUAGUCCGUGAAAGUUUCCCACCGUUCAUUCUUUAAGGAAGAUCUCAAUAUGAAUAAAUAAUAAUAAUGUAAACGAUUAUGAUUGGGGUUUUUUUUUGUUUGUUUGUUUGUUUGUUUGUUUGUUUUUUAAAGCACGAAGAGAACCGCAAUCGCGGCGACGACAACGUGGACCUUUUUGAUGAAAGAAAAGGGGCGGAGCUCGUAAUCGAUCAGGACACGCUACCGUUACGGAUCGAAGUAAGAAACGAGUGAAAUGGAAUGUUACGUACCGCCGCUUUAAGCUCGUGCGACGGUAUCGUAAAAGCGCGCGCGUAGUCGACGUGAAAAAGUAGCGUUACCAUCAGCAAUCGGUUACCUACGCGUCGCUCCCCUGUACGCCGCGAACGUUUAGUGUUCCGCAGAAGUAUUAUAAUGAUGAUUAUUCCAGCGGUCUCAGGACGUCAGUAUUAUAGUCGUCCCUCUUUUUAAAAAGACUUCUUUUUUUUUUUUCUUUUAUAAUAACUCGGCCUUGAGGAAAUAAAAGGAGCGUUCGACGAGAGAAAGGAAAGAAAAGAAAAGAACGCGGUCUAAAUAUCACUCAUCGCUCACAUUCCCCCGGCGAAAUCACAAACAUUCCUCACGCCGCUCUCAUCUAUUAAGCCCCCCCCCACCCCACCCCCCAAAAAAAAUAAAUAUUUCGGCUUGUGGUGGGUUUUUUUUUUCUUUUUAAAAAAAAAAAAAUUUCUGGACUAUUUAACCAUCAAAUAAAAAGCCCCAUAUAAAAUCAAUCAAACGUUGAAGAAAGCAUUCCACCGAUCCUUUCCUGCGUCUGAAUGAACAAAUGAUUAUUUUCUGAGUUGAAUGCGCCCGCUCCGUCGCGCCCUCUCCUCGUCCUGCCCUGCGACGAAUACCUCCGCUUUUAUCAGAUGAGUGAAAGAUUUUAUUUUUUUUUUAAAAACAAUCGAUGAUCGUAUCGGAGGAAUCGUCUCCGAGUGCUGGCGCUGAUCUCUUUUUUCAAUCCUCUUUUUUUCUUGAUUUUCUGCAGAAACGUAACGGGCAGUUUUUUGGAGAUCGAUACGUCCCAGUAUUGUUCGGGAGGUUUAGAUCCGCGUCGGCGCGGCGCGUCGACGUUAAACUCCACCCUGAACACUGAAGUGUUAAACGUUCCCGAUGUCACCCUGUGACGGCGUUCCACGGAUUAGCGAGCGGAUUGACCCGGGCGUGUCCUUUUCGGCCAGGUCACGCCCACGAUACUAAAGUGACACUUGACGUCGUUUUUCAGUUUUCCAAACACGCGUGCCGUAGGCUGCUUGGCGUCUCUGAAUUCUCCGGAGUGUGUGAACGCACCCCGCCGCGGGUCCCGUCCAGGGCGUCUCUAUGAGGUGACGAGCGUCAGCGUGAGAUCUUCGGACGCUCAUCUGACGAGCCGAGAGAGCCGGACAGACUGAGACACUAAAGCGCCGCCGCAGCGCUCUCUGUAGAUAGAGAUGAAGCACCGCGGCAUUGUGGGUAACACAGGAAAGCCAUUAACCCGAGCGAAACUUUUUGUCUGGAAUCCUGAAGCUAACUGACAUGUUCGUUAUAAAGACGAUUACGCAAACGCGUCCAGGGUGGAGAGUAACUUCCGAACAUCAGACCGUCCGAUGCGCGAGAGCCGAGUCUCGCUACGCGUCCAGUCCGAGGUUUUCAUUACCGUAGCUGUAAGUGUGUGUUAAAACGCCGCGUCGAUCCCUGACCAUCGACGGCCUUCAGACGUCCUGAGCCUCUCGCGCGUCCAAACCGAUCCACGUGCACUGUGUGACUUUUACUGCGUUCGGCUUUUUUUUUUUUUUUUUUUUUUAGCCUUUUUAAAAAAAAAUUCUUUUUUUAAACGUGCGCCGUAUCAACGCUAGGUACGUUAACGCUGAUCUCAGCGGCCUACCGCCUGUCGCUGUUUCAUUUCGAUAUCCAGAACACACGAACAGUGUAAGAGGUGUACUUACUAUUAUUAUUAUUAUUAUUAUUAUUAUUAUUAUUAUUUUAUUUACCAUUAUUAUUGUUCCAGUAAACACCAAAGAGCAUCAGCGUGUCCGUGCAGACGUCUUCACGCCAUUUGUCGCGAAUUUUUAUUUUUUUCCAGCUGAAACGUUCGCGUACUUACCGAGACCAAAAAAAACACCACCAACACCCUGACUAUUUAAACAAUUUUUUUAAAAAUGCGAAACAAAUCAGACAUCAAGAGAAAAAAACAAAAAUCUGACUCAACACCUGUGCAGUGAUUUAGGAAGAAAAAAAUAUAUUGACUUUUUUUUUUUUUUUUUCCCGAACUCAAUAGUGCACGCGUCCAGUCAGAAAUCAGCCGACGGUGUUUUUUUAAAAUAAAAUAAUAAAAAAUGAAUGGAAUAAUAAUGCACUGGAUUAGUGGAAUUAAUCAUUAGUCAUGCUCUUAUCGUUUCUAGAUAUUUUUAUAAAAAGCUUUUUUUUUUAUCUUUAUUUUGAUAAAUUUAAAAGGACCAAGCUGUUUGUUUGUUUGUUUGCACAUUAUUAUUAUUAUUAUUAUUAUUAUUACUAAAGUUUUUUUUCUCUCACACACACGCUCUUCCCGCCAAUAAAUUUAAAAAAAAGAACACGUACGUGAUUUAAACUCUAGUGCCUGUUCGACGCACGUUUUUGUAUAUUUUUCCAGCAUCUGCGUGAGUUCGCUCAGUCUUACACACACACACGCACACACACACACGCGCGCGCGCGCAAAAACAAACGACGAUGUACGUGUGUGUCGUCACGGCAACCUAAAGGACCAAACAUUCCCUGUUUCUUUCUGUGACGUUAAAAAAAAACAAAAAACAAUUUUUUUUAAAAAAAACAACAAAAAAAAACCACACGGAUAUUAUUGUGUAGUGUAAAUACGUGGGUGGAGAAAAAACGUGGAUAUCAGAGUAGAAUGUAAAGCCCGUGGUCAUUAGAUAAAGGCAAUAUUAUGGUGAAGCAUGAGCUCAUUUAGAGUUAAUUUAGCGUACAUGGGUUAGCUAUCUGUCCGCAUUUAUAUAUUUAUAUACAUAUAUAUAUAGACACACAUAUAUAUAUAUAUUUAUAUCCAUUCGACCCCGUUAGCGUCAUCGCGUCCCGGUUUGAUCGUCAUGUACAUUAGAGUGCUGUAAAUCCCCAGUCCGUAUCCAAAACUCAUCUCCCCCCCCCCCCCCCCCUUAUAGGCAAAUAAGAACAACGUAUAAAGAAGCACUUACUUACUUAUAGUCUCCAUCAUUUCUUUUCACUUCUCCUGUUCUUCCCUCCUUCCUUCCAUUCUGGCCUCAUGCGUAAAGGUUUAUUCUGUAAGAGUCUUCUGGCAGGAGCGGAGCUGUCGUAGUAACGGUAGGAAAGAUUUGACUUUUUUUUUUUUUUUUUUAAACAAAACAAACAAGAAAGAAAUAACUAAGCAACCCUAAAUCAUAUGCUGCAGUUAGAUUUAAAGAAAAAGAAAAAAAAGAAAAAAAAAAGGAAAAAAAGAGAGGAGUUUUCUUGGUCUGUUUUGAAAUCUUUAACAUUGUUGACGUGCGUUGGUUUGCUUUGUGACGACUGCUGUUCCGAGGUGGGGUUAGAUUGUUUUUUAAUGGGUUGUUUUUAUUUUAUUAAAAAGUGUGCGCGCGCGCGUGUGUGUGUGUGUGUGUGUGUGUGUGUGUGUGUGUGUAUACAUACAUAUACACGUCUGUUCUUUUUAUACUUUUGACUUGUCAAACACUGGACUAAAGUGAGACACAAACAAGCAGCACAGGACACGGCGUCACCGCGUCCGUCACGUCACGAAGUAAAUCGCCGAUUUAAAAAAAAAAACUCACUAAAACACACACACACACACACACACACACACACACAUCCUGUAACUUAUUCAGUAAAAUUCGUAAGGAGGUGAGAUUCGUGCCCGAGGCAUGUGUUGAUAAUCAGGAUCGUGGAAUAUCACGAUAUCGAUAUCGGGGACACUUUUAUAUAUAUAUAUAUAUAUAUAUAUAUAUAUAUAUAUAUAUAUAUAUAUAUAUAUAUAUAUAUAUAUAAAAUAAAAUUAAAAAAAAGAUUUUACUAGCCUAAAGCGUGCCUUCUGUAUUUUAAAUAAAAGCGGAUCUAAUCCCAGAAUUUUCAUUUUUUUAAAUGGUUUUAAUUUUUUUUUUUCAUUCUUAAAUAUUUUUUUAUUCAAAUCAAUUUCAUUUAUUUAAAGGAUAUUUAUCAAUCAAAUUUAAAUGACUUUUUUUUUUAUUUUUUAUUCCUCCCCCAUGAUAAUAUAUCGUGAUAUGAGAACUCAAUAUCAGCACAUGCCUACUUAAAACACACACACACACACACACACACACACACACACACACACAUGCAGGGAAACCACUUAAUUCUUACGCAAAUUUUCCGAAACCACUACGUGUAAAAGUCGUCUCACGCUCUUUAUCGCAAAACUCUCUUCUUCAACAACAACAACAAACAACAAACAACAACAACAACAACAAACAACCCCGACUGCCACUUUUCCGAAACGUGAAAAAAGAUUUGCACUAAAAUAACCGUCGGUCUUCUUGGAUAAACAGCAAUAUAUAUAUGACAGAACAAUUUGAGUCGUUAUUAUAGCAACGUCGGUGUGAAGAAGAGUGAACGCUGCCUGCGCACUCGCACCACAGAGAGAGCUGAGAAAGAGGGUCUUUUUUUUUUUUAAAUAUUCAGAAAAAAAUAAAAAUUUCAACACGAAAAGAAAGAAAAAGGUACGGACGUGACGUCACGUCCCGGGGGCUCGCGCUCGCUCACGCCGACUUCGAAUUCGUACGCAAAAAGGAAGCGAAAAAGGCACGGGGGAACGAGGCGCAUUCAGACGCUAGUACUUCCUGUUUCCUCGCGUGAUCGUUUUGGAAGGGAAAAGAGAAACCAAGCGGAGAUGGUGGAAACGGAGAUCUGGAGAUUCGUCCCGGAAACACGGCGCCAAAAAAAAAAAAAAAGGAAAAAAAUAAAUAAAUAACACUGUUAACGGUUUUAUGGAGAAAAUUAAAAGUUCACGGAUAUUUCCAGCAGUUUCUCUCUGUCCUUGGAUCUGUAUGCUAAACUAUAAAAAGGCGUAGUGCAAAGUGUGUGUAGAUGGACUUUUCGUCGUCGUGGUCGUCGCUGGUGUUUGUCGCCGCUGCCGUCGUCGCUCUUUUCACGCAGCUCCCAAAUAGCGCAGGCGCCGUGUUCCCGGGAACGCCGCUCGCACAAACAAACAAACAACAACAACAACAAAGAUUCAAUCCGACCGAGUGUAAUUAGUGUAAAAGCCUGUUUAUAGGAAAACACGUUUUUCCUGGUUUUUUUCCGUGUGCGACAAUAAACGAGUCCCACGCACAGGCGGAAAAUUAUCCGUAAAGGAAACAAACGGACGAGAAAAAAAAAGUCUUUCCUUUACGGCUAAUUUUUUUUUUUUUUUUUUUUAAAUCUACGCUCAUUAAUAAUCGAUAAAAUAGCAAUCAUAAAAUAGUGAUGAAUUUUUUUGGAAUUUUGUCAGAACUAGUGGCUUUAAUGUAAUAAGCGCUUCGUGGUGUUCAUUGAAAGGUGUCGCAAAAAAAAAAGAAAAAAACAGAAAAAAAAAGAAAUAAUAAUAAUAAUAAAAGGUGUCACGUCUCAAAAUCGUCGCGUGUUAGAGGAAGCAUAAGUAUGUGCCUUUAAUGUGAUCUUUCUUGGUGAGCUUGUUAUUCUCGAGAAGCUGAAGCUGAAGCCAGCCGAUUGUGUUUUUGCACUAAAAAACCAAAACCGCUUUUUUCGUGAUGUAGGUGAUUUAAAGCGAGCUUUGUCGCGUCACUUUAACCGUGUGCAUGAGGGUAAAAAUUUAGGGCUAGAGCUCUCAUAACGCUGAUCUGUAAACUAGUGCAGCUUACGGAAAUCCCCCGGGUUUUAAACAACAGAAACAAAACGAAAAGGAAAGAAAAAAAAAAAGAGAAAAAGAAACGAUAAUAAAACGAAAAAAUAUCUCCGCUUCGUUCCGUGUCGCAUUCGGUUCAGACCCAUCUCUCAUCCUCACCCUCGAUAAACACCCGAGGUUAGGCAUGUGCCGAUGAUCAGAUUAUCACCCUCAUAUCGGAUUAGACCCGACCCGCGCUUUUAUCACCAGAGCAACAACAAUCGCUAUUAAAGAUCACGCAUGAUGUAAAAACACACACACACACACACACACACACGGGCGUACACGGGACGUCGGCACACGCCUAACACACAUACAGCGUAAAGAAAGAAUUUUUGUUUAAUUUUUGUUUAAACACGCAUGAACUCACGAGGUCGCCUCGAGACUAUUGGUCAUAUUGUUGUUUUUGUGUUCUUUUGUAAAUUAUUCUUCGUAUUAUUAUUAUUAUUACUAUUAUUAUUGAUUAUUGAUUACUGACUUUGUUAGUGGGAUAUAAAAGGCCUCCAUGCUUUGAGUCUUAUAAAUGCACCUUAUCAUGGCCCGGCCGAGUCGAGUCGAGUCGAGUCGAGUCAAGUCGAGUCGUCUAAUGCGUCUGAUUUAGCACCUUACUACGCAGCAUGAUUUCACUUUACACCAGUCUCGCUCACAACAACAACAACAACAACAACAACAUCAACAACAGCAACAACAACAAAAUAAACCUGAUUAUGUUUUCCGGGGGAAAUUUUUAUUUUUUUUAAAAACAAAAAAAAAAACAUUCAAAGGGAUGUGCCAAAGUUUGGAGGCGAUCUCCCUUGGUUUUUUGUUUUUUUUUUAUUAUUAUUUGUUUGUUUUGGGUUUUUUUUUUUUUUUUUAAAGCAUACUAUUCCUUUCAUUCUCUUCUCCUUCAGUUAUCGCAGCGCUACGUUCAUGUAACCUUUCCUAUAAACGUGUUUAAGGAAAACGUAAAACGAAAAAAAAAAAAAAUUUUAUUUCAGCAGUCAGUAUCAUUACCUGCCAUUUUACAGUAAGCCCUGUAUUUCACGUAUAAUUACCAGUGAUGUGUAUUUGUUAUUAUACAGAAAAAUAGCUGUAAAAGCUUCAUUAUGUUACAUAAUAUUGUGACUUUUUUUUUUUUUUUUUUUUUUCGAAAAAAACUGUGAAGACUUAUCUUGCAUAUACUUUAUACAGAAGUAUUAAGCCUUAAUACAAAAGACUAAAAAAAGGAGUGGAAGAAUAACUGAUUGUCGCAAAAGUAAGGAUGAUUUUUUUGUAAAUGUUACCAGCACUUUUUUGUAAUUUUCACUCUCUUGAGGUAUUGUACAAGUUCACGCUGUUUGUGAAGUUUGAAUAUGAAGGAAUAAAAACUAGUACUUUCCUGUACUUCACA